AUGGUGUUCGACAAUGGAUCGCAAUUUGAGACCGGCCAACUCAAGGAUUGGCUAAGUGACCAGGGCAUAACGUAUUGUUUUGCCUCGGUCGGACACCCAAAGGCAAAUGGCCUAGUUGAAGCAUACAAUAAGUUGAUCUCCAAUGGCAUUAAGCGAAAGCUUGAGAAAGUAGGCAGCCUAUGGGCUGAUGAGUUGGUCAAUGUGCUAUGGUCCAUUCGUAUGACAACAAAAAGUUCAACAGAGGAGACCCCAUUUUUUCUGGUCUAUGGCGCUGAGGCUGUGCUCCUAAUUGAGAUGUACGAGCCCACUCUACGAGUGAUGCUAUAUGAUGAAUCGGCCAAUUGGUAG